AUGGCCAGUGGAGUUUUUUUGGGUUUCUUUUUUCUCUCAUUUUCUUCUUUUCUCGAAUCUCUCUCUUUCCUCUCUCUCGGCAAACGGCGAAUCGAUUUCUUUGCUUCAAAAACACAACGAAACCAGCAGAUAAAUCUCGUUAUAGAGUCACCGAUUUCAUCAAACGGCGAAUCGAUUUCUUUGCUUCAAGAAACACAGAUCCACAAUCACCGGAAUUGCUUGGUGCACAAUCUCAGCCUCCGUCGCAAUCCAUCCACGGCUCGCUCAAUCCAUGCAAAGAUCUCGUGGACCGAACCUAUCACCCGAAGAUUCGGCGGUCUUCCGGAGAUUUCAACUCCUUCUUUUGCCGGCGGAUUCGCUGGGAUUGUGUUCUUCUAUGCCGCCGCCGCAUCGUCUCUUGGUCAGGAAGUUCACGCUAAUGAAAUGGCUCACAAGUUUAAUCCUAAAGAAGUUGUUCUGUAUCAGUACGAGGCUUGCCCUUUCUAUAACAAGGUUAAAGAUGCAGAGGAGGAAGCAGCAAGAGGACGGUGGAAGCAAGAGCUGCAUGAAGAAAACAAGCUAACCAGAUCAGUUGUGAUGGUUACUGCUGGUGUCAAUCAGACUGGUUAGAGAAGUCACUCGGUGAGUCCAAAUCGAUUCCCAAAGUUGUAACCGUUGUGAAUCCUGGUAACCUAAACAGCACCUAUGUCCAUGAUCCUAUGUAACAUUUUGAUAACAUAUGGAUAACAGCUUUUAUAUAGUUAUAUAACAUAUGUAACAUUUUUUUUUAUUUUGUAAAAUAUGAAACCGAUGAAUUAGAGGAAU